AUGUUCAUUGUCAGUCUCUGCAUUACCGCCUACACAGGCCAGGGAUCCUCGAGCGUCUCGGACCAGGUGGUGCCUGACACACGAAUCACCGCAGGUUCAGCCGGUAAUUCCCCUCCGCCCAGUAGGGACCUGAACCAAUCUGCUGGGCCAUCGCGAUCCUUGCCUGGGCCUACACGAGAUACAACCCCGGGCAUUACAAAGCCAAAGCCACACGAAACAUGUGCGAGUGGGAAGCCUGGUCAUCACAAGCGCCAGAGGACAUCUCACAGCUCAGCGACGCACAAGUUCACACACCGCGACUACGAAAUCGGCUGGGUCAGUGCCAUCUACGUCGAGUUCGCUGCCGCGCAGGCGCUUCUAGAGGAUGUCCAUGAGACGCUGCCCUCUGAUCCCCAUGACAGCAACCAUUACGUGCUCGGACGCAUUGGCCGCUUCAACGUCGCCAUGGCCUGCUUGCCGGCGGGUGGGAUGGGCAUGAACAAUGCCGCGAUCGUUUCGAGCAACAUGCUCAGAACAUACACUGCAAUACGUGUGCAGCUACUGGUUGGAGUCGCUGGUGGAGUCCCCACGGCAGUCAACGAUGUGCGACUUGGCGAUGUCGUGGUCGGCUUGAGUGUCGUGCAGCACGACUUUGGAAAGACGGUGCAAGACGGCCACUUCCAGAGCACUGCGGCAGUUCAUACGCCGACGACAAGGCUGAUGUCGGCAGUCAAUCUGUUACGAGCCGAGUACGACAUAAGGGGCAGCCGGAUCCCGGACAUUCUCCAGCAGAUGCUGCAGCGAAAUCCCCUGAUGGAUCGAUAUGCAGACUGCACAGGACUGAAGGACAUCUUGUUUGACAGCGACUACCGGCAUGUCUCUCGGUCGCCGCGCUCCAGUCGACACCCUCAGGUUCACUUCGGCGCGAUCGCUUCGGGCAACCAGGUCAUCAAGGACGCUCAGACUAGGGAUCAGCUCGGCCUCAGACAUAACGUGCUAUGCCUAGAGAUGGAGGGCGCUGCCUUGAAGGGUCUCGACGUGCCAUUCUUGGUCAUACGCGGCAUAUGCGACUAUGCUGACUUUCACAAGAAUAAGGACUGGCAGCCAUAUGCUGCUGCGGUGGCGGCAGCCUGUGCCACUGAGUACUUGUCCUUCUUGCAACUCGGCGUCCGCUCAACCAAUUAUGUUCAGCCGACCUCGAGGAUUGAGGCACUCAUGAAGUCACUCCGAUUUGACCAGAUGGGCUCCAGGAAGGACACAAUUCGGCGAGCGCAUAACGAGACCUGCACAUGGGUGCUCAAGACGCGAGCGUACCAGGACUGGCUUGAUGGGUCCAAGCUCGAAGAUCACCAUGGCCUGCUCUGGAUCAAAGGAAAGCCUGGCGCGGGCAAAUCGACAAUUAUGAAGUUCCUACUCGACAUCCUGGAAGAGGAGAAGAUACCGUCUCGAGAAGUCAUCUCAUUCUUCUUCAAUGCUCGAGGCGAUAGCAUGGAGCGUACAGUGCAGGGAAUGUACCAGUCCCUACUUCUACAGCUUCUCGAGCGCAUUCCUGAGCUCCAGGAGAUUCUUGAAAGGGUCCCGACGACCUCAACUGAUGCCCUUCCGAAGUGGCACACGGCGUUGCUGCAAGGGCUGCUCGAAAAGGCACUGCGAGACACCGCGGGGUAUUCCUUAUUCUUGCUCAUUGACGCGUUGGACGAGGGCGACCAAGACGAAAUCCGCUCGAUGGUCUAUUUCCUUGAGGAUAUCAGGGCCGCAGCAUAUCAAGAGGGCCUUCGCAUUUUUGUCUGUUUCGCUAGCAGGCACUACCCUCAUAUUACCGUCCGCAAAUGUGUUGAACUGCUGCUCGAUCGGCAACCCGGACACGAGGAUGAUAUCGGUCGCUACAUCGAGGACAAACUCAAUAUCGGUAGUGGCAGUAUCGUUUCUGCUGUCCAGGCGGAACUCAAACACAAGGCCGCUGGAGUCUUCAUGUGGGUCGUUCUCGUCACAUCCAUCCUGAACAGGCACUACGAUCAUGGAUAUGGCCCACACGCACUCCAGGAGGAAUUGCGUCGGGUCCCUGGGGAUCUCCACGCCGUGUUUCGCGAUAUACUGCUGCGAGACAAGGAGGACAGGGGCAGAAUGCUGCUCUGCGUGCAAUGGAUCAUGUUCUCGCAACGUGCGCUUGGGCCCGAGGAGCUGUAUCUAGCGAUACAAUUGGGGACCACCGAAAGUCACGAUUUGCAUAACAACAUGGACAAAGCGCCCUUUCCCGAGGAGCAGGUCAAGAGAACGAUUCUGUCUGCUUCAAAGGGUCUGGUUGAAGUGACCAUAUCAUGGAAUCCAAAAGUACAAUUCAUCCACGAAUCCGUCAAUGACUUCUUUCUCAGGCGCAAUGGUUUUUCACUGAUUUGGCCCGAGACUUCGGGCCAAGAGGCGAGCCUCAGUCACGAUAGGCUCAAGCAUACCUGCUUCCGCUACAUACAAGACUCAGCCUUUAUGUUGCCCAAAAAGGUGGCGAACAAGUACAACGCCAGCGGUCUUUCUUAUCGCGCAGUCGCAGGCACCUUGAUUCCGUUUUUGUCGUACAGCAUGCGAAACAUUCUCUACCACUCAGACCAGGCUCAGGCUUAUGGUGUUGACCAGAGAGCAUUCCUCCUCGAAUUCAGGAGCUUGCUUCAAAACUGGGUAGCAUACCGGAACGCGCUGGCAGGAGUUCAAUAUUACACUGACAACGUCAGCCUGCUUUACAUUUUGGCAGACUACAAUCUGCACAAUUUGAUCCAGAUAUAUCCCUCAAUCCUUGACUGUUUGGUUGUCGAGAGGGAGCGAUAUGGAUAUCCUCUAUUUUCAGCACUCGCAGCACAGAGCUUCGAUGCCAUCAAAGUGUUUGCCUCGGCGAUGCGCCCUGAGAUCUCGGAGGAUGGGCGGAUUGCUGGUAGUGAGGAGAUCGCGGACGGACGGGUGUCCCGGCUUUUUGUGGAUGGAUUCUCAUACACGACAAAUAGGCACAUUCUGUCAUAUCUGGCAGAGUACGGAGACCAAUAUCUGUUUUGUUGUGUUCUCCAGUCUGGGCUCAUCGAUAUCGACGUGGAGGCUUCCGACAGAGACGGACGUACACUGCUCAGCUGGACUGCAUGGUGGGGUUUGGUGGAUGCCGUGCGACUACUCCUAGACCGAGGAGCUGCCGUUGAUGCUAAGGAUCAUAUGAGCCGCACGCCACUUCACUGGGCAGCAGAGAAAGGGCGAGCGAACGUCAUCACACUUCUGGUCCAGCACGGUGCCGAGGGAGACGCCGCUGACGUUACUGAAGCUACUCCGUUGAUCAAGGCAGCCACCGAGGGUCACAGUGAAGCGACACGACGACUCCAAGAGCACGGCGUGUCGAAUGAAGCUGUCGACAUGUUUGGCCGCAGCGCUCUGUCUAGAGCAUCUGAGAAUGUCGUCCGUGAACUCCUCCAAGGGGGCGCGUCGACUUGUACCGAAGACCCUUCGAUGAACUGGACCCCUCUUCGAGACUAUGAUGGGAGAACACCAUUGAGCUGGGCAGCCCAAGUCGGUGUAGCCUCUUGUGUGAGACUGCUGCUUGCCACGGGGUCUAUGGUUGAUUCUCAGGAUGAGCAAGGUCGCACACCCCUGACCUACGCUACCGAGUGGCAUAAUAAAGAAACCGCUGUUAUCUUGCUUGAGCACGGAGCGGCAUUGGAUAUAGGAUGGACCGCAUGGCAAGGUCAAUGCUCUGCUUGGAUGAUCAAGGAAUGUCCCGGCUUGGCGCUCUGCUUGUCUCGCAAAUUCUUGCCGGCCUGA